CGCCGCGGUCCCGGCGCGGAGCCGCCGCUGACAUCACGCGUCCCGAGGCGGCGGCGCCCCCGGCCCCCCGCAGCCCCCCUCGCAGCGGCGCCCGGCGUGCGGGGCGGAGGAUGGUGCGCGGCGCGCCCCGGGCUCCCCGCCGCCAGCGCCGCAGCGCCGAGGCCGAGGCCGAGCCGGCCGCCCCGGGCAGGCGACCCCCGCUCCGGGCGCGGGGCGAGCGGCCGCGCUGAGACGCCUCGGGCGGCGCGGGCGCCGCGGCCAUGGGCGCCCUGACCAGCCGACAGCACGCGGGCGUGGAGGAGGUGGACAUCCCGGCCAACUCCGUGUACCGCUACCCGCCCAAGUCCGGAAGCUACUUUGCCAGCCACUUCAUCAUGGGAGGAGAGAAGUUCGACUCAGCCCACCCCGAAGGCUACCUGUUUGGAGAGAACAGCGACCUGAACUUCCUGGGGAACAGGCCCGUGGCGUUCCCUUACGCCGCCCCGCCUCCCCAGGAGCCAGUGAAGACGCUGAGAAGCCUGGUCAACAUCCGCAAGGACACACUGCGGCUGGUCAAGUGCGCCGAGGAGGUGAAGACCCCUGGGGCGGAGGCCGGCAGAGCCAAAGUCCACUACAACGUGGAGUUCACCUUCGACACCGACGCCCGCGUGGCCAUCACCAUCUACUACCAGGCCACCGAGGAGUUCCAGAACGGCAUCGCCAGCUACAUCCCCAAAGACAACAGCCUGCAGUCGGAGACGGUGCACUACAAGCGCGGGGUGUGCCAGCAGUUCUGCCUGCCCUCCCACACCGUGGACCCCUCCGAGUGGGCCGAAGAGGAGCUCGGCUUUGAUCUGGACCGAGAGGUCUACCCGCUGGUGGUCCACGCGGUGGUGGAUGAAGGAGACGAGUAUUUCGGCCACUGCCACGUGCUGCUGGGCACUUUCGAGAAGCACACGGACGGGACCUUCUGUGUCAAGCCCCUGAAGCAGAAGCAAGUGGUGGACGGGGUCAGCUACCUGCUCCAGGAGAUCUACGGGAUCGAGAACAAGUACAACACGCAGGAUGCCAAGGUGGCUGAGGAUGAGGUGAGUGACAACAGCGCCGAGUGCGUGGUGUGCCUCUCAGACGUGCGGGACACCCUGAUCCUGCCCUGCCGCCACCUCUGCCUGUGCAACACCUGCGCCGACACCCUGCGCUACCAGGCCAGCAACUGCCCCAUCUGCCGCCUGCCCUUCCGGGCGCUGCUGCAGAUCCGAGCCAUGAGGAAGAAGCUGGGCCCCUUGUCCCCGACCAGCUUCAACCCCAUCAUCUCCUCCCAGACCUCCGACUCGGAGGAGCCCUCGUCCUCCGAGAACAUCCCGCCGGGCUAUGAAGUGGUGUCCCUUCUGGAAGCCCUCAACGGGCCCCUCACCCCGUCCCCCGCGGUCCCUCCACUCCACGUGCUGGGCGACGGCCGCCUCUCAGGAAUGCUGCCCGCCUACGGCAGCGACGGCCACCUGCCCCCCGUCAGGACGCUCUCCCCGCUCGACCGCCUGCCCGACGGCAGCAGCCAAGGACUCAAGCUCAAAAGGAGUCUCUCCAAGCCCAUCUCCCAGAAUUCCUCCGUGCUGCACGAGGAGGAGGACGAGCGGUCCUGCAGCGACUCGGAGACCCGCCUCUCUCCGCAGCCGGCCGCCCAGCAGCCCGGAGAGGAAUGUGGCGUCACUCCAGACAGCGAGAAUCUCACCCUGUCGUCAUCAGGGGCCAUUGACCAGUCGUCUUGCACGGGGACGCCUCUCUCUUCCACGAUUUCCUCCCCAGAAGACCCUGCCAGCAGCAGCCUGGCCCAAUCGGUCAUGUCCAUGGUGUCCUCCCAGAGCCAGCACUCCCAGCUCAGCACCGACACGGUCUCCUCCAUGUCCGGCUCCUACAUCGCCCCCGGCACGGGCACGGGCACGGAGGACGAGGGAGAGGCGCUCCCCUCCCCGCUGGCCGCCAGCAGGGCUGCUUCCGAGGAAGGAGAGGCGAUGCCGGCGGCGUCUCCAGACAGCAACUUCGUGGGCCUCGCUGACGAGCAGGACGCAGAGGGCAAUGACGUCAUGGAGGAAGACGAUGGGUCCCCCACACAGGAAGACGGCCAGAGGACGUGCGCGUUUCUAGGCAUGGAGUGUGACAAUAACAAUGACUUUGACAUCGCCAGCGUGAAAGCACUGGACAAUAAGCUGUGCUCUGAGGUCUGCUUACCCGGCACCUGGCAGGCCGAUGACAACGCGCUCAGUCGUCGGCACCCUCGGCGUCGGCGCCGGUCGUCCAGCAGCCUGGAGGAUGCCGAGAGCGGGCGCUGCGUGUGGGGGCCUCUGGCCGUCUGAGAGCCCGCCCCAGGCCAGAGCCUCCUCCGGUCCCCGCAUCCCAUCCUGGACUCACUGGACCAUGGCCUCCUGGGCAUCCUCAGCGGGACACGUGGAGACUUUUACACCCACGUGGGAGCUGGGCGUGGAGGCCAGCCUGCUCCUCCCGGCCCCCAGCCUUCCAUCACCAGGACCCCGGCCCUCUCCGAAGGGGCUGGAGGCCUCCUUCCUCCUCAGAGACCCUCUGGAACGUUCCCACUGUAUCUUGAUCUUCAGGGGAGCCACGGCCCACAGGCUGGCGUCUCGAGCAUCUCUCUUCUCCGUGGCGGGUAGACCAGAAGGCUCGGAGUCUUAGCGGCUGCAUUGCAGGCGUUUUUGUGUGUCAGGGACGGCAACUCCAAUUUGAAACCUCCAGUUCGGGGUGGAUUUGAGGGAGACACGUGAGAAGGCAAAGCCAUGUUGCACUGUAUGUGGAGUUUCCUUCAAGGACAAGAGAAAUGGUACCAGCCCACCAGGCGGUUGGUUGAAAAGACAGUUCUUGCUUCCAGCAGGCGAGCUGGUCUAAGCCUCAUGUGAGUGUCUUGCUUAGAGAGGAGGCCUUGGGCCUGAGACACGCGCCCCCUCCCCUCCCAGUUACAUGACCGCCCUCGGGAGGGUCUUAGAUCAGGUGCAUCCGGGAAGGCCUGGGACACCACCCUAAGGUGACAUUUCAAAACACAUUUGUGACCACCUCUGUCCUGUGCGUGGAGCUGUCAUCACUCGGGCCCUGUCCAGUGGUAUUCUUACCCGUUUCCCCGUCUCCACCCCUGUUUGUUCAUAGUUGAAGAGACAGGCUGAGAGGGGGGUGGACCAGGGACCCUCCAGCUGGUACCCAGGACUCCCCAAGGAAGCGUUGCGGAGCGCUGAGCUGGGGGCCGGCAGUGGGGAGGGACUGCCUUCCACAGGCUCAUUAGAGACUUAGAGAGAGUGUUCCAGUCACGUGCCCACCCCCACUCAGCCCAAAAGCUGGCGAGAGCAAGGCUGCCCGGGACCGUGAGUGCUGGGUCCCCCCUCUCGGCGCUGGCUCUGCUGAGUCCUCGGCUCUUGGACAGACGCUUUGUCUGUUGGCCUUUGGAAAAGGUGGCCCAGCGCGGGCUUGGGAGGCAGAGCUGUAAACAGCAACGUGUGAGGCUGAGGCGUGGCGCCCAGGCUAUGCCCGUCCGAUGGCUUGUCUUAGGAUUUGGAGCUGUCACCCGGAAGAGCUUCUCGGGGCCCUUGCCAAGCCUCCCAGGGAGCCCCGAGCCCUCGCUCGGCACCCUUCCGGCGGCCUUUUGCACGGCCGGGUGAGCAGCCCCCCCCACCCCCACCCCACCCCCCCCACCGCCCAGUGACUGUGGCUCACGCUCUGCCUGGUCGGGGAGCCUGCUGUUCUGACAGGUGCCACGUGAGCCAAGCCGGAAUGGAAGCUUCUGGAUGGAGUUCCCACGUCCGCCCUCUCUGGAAUCCUGCCGUGGACUCCACUGGCUCAGGCCCCACUCCGUGUCCUCCCCCGCCCUCCCCCCGGCAUUCUUCCAGCCCCAGCCCCUUUCCUAUUGAGAUCUGAGCAAUAACCCCACUCCCUGAGUUCCUCCAAGUUUGAGCCCCAGAAACGCCAGGGAAGGGGGCUUCCCUCAGCCUCGGGUAGAGGUGCACAGACCCACCUGCCCUCCCGGCACUGCCUUCACGGUGUGGUGUUACCUGAGAUGAAGGAGCCGCAGGUCAACAGCAGCCACAGGGGCCAGGAACGCUAAGAGGAAGCCAUCACCGUCACCCUUUCUGGGGGGUCUGUGUCCUCUCCCAGGGGGAGAGAGGCUCAGAAAGGUUCUUCUAAGCCCUGGUUCCCUACCCAAGACCUCUGGGCUACAGGAUGGCCCCUCAGUCCUUGUUUUUCCGUCACUUCCUGUCCUCUGCCUCCCCCCCCCCCCCCCCCCGCUUGUUCUCAUUCAGAUGUUGGCAAGCAGAGAUAUCCCCACAGAGGCUAGUCCUCAGCCUGAGAGGGGACAAGGCCGCUGCCCCCGAGAGAAUGGACGGGCAUAGGCUAACUGGAGGCCGGUCGCUCCUUCCUACCACGGGUCUGAGCUCCCCACGGCCUCCAGGUGGUGUGAUCCAGGCCUCCUGGCAGAGCCUUUUUCCAUCCCACCGGAGUUCACACCCACGCCGGGCACCUCUUGGGCACAGACCCACACACUUGAAGCCAUCUCACCCGGAGAGAGCUAGGGUCCUGUCCGCCUGACCCUGGCCCCCUCGCUGCUCACCUUGCUUUAGGGUCUGCACCCCGGCUGUGUGCAGGGGUGUCUGUACGGUUGUGCCAUCCGUGUACCCCUCAUCCCUGGAGUUACGCUCAUGGGUACGCGACAGUGGGGACGUCGGGAUGCGGUGUUCAUGGGCUGCUGCAUGAUUCUUAAAACGGAAUAAAACUGUUUACAAGGAA